AUACACACACACAUAUAUAUAUAAAUAUACAUCUUUCUCCCAGGCUCACAAAGUCACAAUUCAGAGACACACAAAAAUUUGAGUCUAGCUCCUGACAGUUAGUCACAAACCUCAAAGCUGUUCUACACAUCCUUCAGCAGCUCCUUUGUAGUUGCAGCAGCCGUGCAGGUAGGUGCAUGUUGUCCAGAGAUAAGCAGGUGAUGGCUGCGGCGCCGAUGGCGGCGGCGGACAACGGCGGGCUGAGGCGGCUGUUCGAGAAGCCGCUCCCGGAGAACCCGACGCUGCUGGAGGCGCUGUCGGCGUGGAACCGCAACGUGCACCACCACCACCACCACCCCAGCAACAAGCCCAUCGUCGACACGGCGUCCAUCACUGAGAUCUUCGGCGAGCUCCACUUCCACGAGAAGCAGGAGCAGCAGCCCGACCACCGAGGCGGCGGCGCCGUCGUCGUCCUGCCACCGCCGGCGCCGCGGUCCCCUCCUUCGCGCACGCCGUUGUCGUGGCUGGACAUCGCGGCGGAGGCCGAGAAUAAGAGCAAGGACGACUCGUCGCUGGACGCGCUGCUGAGGCCCAAGCCGGCGGCCACCGUGGCCACGGUGAUGAAGAGGAGCGCGAGCUUCUGCGCCAAGAAGGGCUCCUCCUCGUCCUCCUCCGCGUCGCUGCUGCUCUGCACCGAGGGGCUCGGCUCCGAGAGCACCGUGGACGCCGACGACAUGUUCAAGGACGGCGACGCCGAGGCCGAGGCCGAGGCCGCCGCGCUCAAGGGCACAGACGAGACGACGGACGGUGGCGACGCCGGCGCCGGCGCCGCGGAGAAGGUGAAGGAGGAGGAGAGGCAGCCCAAGACGUUCCCGCCGCCGAUACGGUCCAUCGGGCGCGGCGGCAAGCCGUACGUGUGCUUCCGGUCGUUACGGGAGGACGGCCGGUUCGUGCUGCGGGAGGUGGUGAUCCCCGGCAAGGAGCUCCUGCAGGCCACGCGCGAGGGCGGCCGGCUCAGGCUGCAGUUCGCGGCCGCCGCCGCCGCAGCAGCAGCAGCCGGUGUGAGCGUCGACGAGGCGGUGCACGGAGGUGACGACGACGAGCGCUAGGUGAUCGUCGGUGUUCGUUGAUGCACUUGGCAUACAUGCACUGUAUUUAUUAUCAUCCUAUAUGGAUGAUGAAGAUGAUGCAAUGGUGUAAUCAUGCUUAUGAGAAGCAUCGGCUACCUAAUUAAUUAUUAAGGUUUCUAUAAAGUGUUUUUUCAGAAA